AUGCCAGGCGAGACGCUAGCGCUUCCGGCGCCGCCGCCGGGCGGCUUGAAAGACGCUACGCCGUCGGUCUUGACGGCCGAAGAACGGUCUGGGCAGCAGAAACCGGCAGAGAAGCCGAAACCGGUGGUGGUUGCGACGCAGACGAAGACGAUCGGCAUCAUUCAUCCUCCACCUGAUAUUCGCAGCAUCGUCGACAAAACCGCCACCUUCGUCGCCCGAAACGGCCCGGAUUUUGAAAAGAAGAUUCUCGCCGCCAACAAGGGAAACGUCAAGUUUAAUUUCCUAACACCCACCGAUCCUUACCAUGCGUACUACCGGCACAAGAUUAACGAGCAGCUGGCGCAGCUUAAUCUCCCCGCCCAGCCGGAACCUACAGCUGCCGAGGCAGCAGCAGGCUCGGCAGCCGGACCUCCGGCCGGGGCAGCUCCGGGAGGAGCCGGGGCUGCUGCUGCGGUUGUCAAGCCUGCAGGCCCGGCAGGGCCUUUUCCGGAGGCUGGCAAAGACGCAGCUGCUGCAGGGGCUUCGGCAGCAGCGGCGAAGCUUCCGGAUUUGCCCGAACCGGAGCAAUACACGGUUCGGAUUCCCGAGGGCAUGUCCGGGCAGGAUUUGGACGUUAUCAAGCUGACCGCUCAACUCGUGGCGCGAAACGGCAAGACGUUCCUAACGGGUUUAAUUAGUCGCGAGCACAUGAACCCGCAGUUCAAUUUCCUCAAGCCCACGCACAGCCUAUUCACCUUCUUCACCGCUCUCGCGGACGCAUACUCCAAAGUACUGAUGCCUCCUAAGGAGGUAUUAGACAAGGUGAAACGCGACGCGGGGCCGGGCGGGCCGGCCGCGAUCAUGGCGCGGAUUCAGACGCGGCUUGACUACGAGAAGAAGCAGGAGAAGGCGCGGAAGAAGGCGGAGGACGAGAUCGAGCAGGAGCGAUUACAGAUGGCUUUAAUCGACUGGCACGAUUUCAUAGUCGUAGAGACAAUCGAAUUCGCGGACGACGAGGAGGCGGAGCUGCCGGUUCCGAUGACUAUAGAGGAGGUGAUUAGAAAGAGCAAGCAGCUGGGCGCGGACGAGGAGCUCGAGGCGGAGGACGCGGCGGCGGUCGCGGCGGCGGAGGCGGGCGCGAAGCCGGGGACGAAGGCGGCGGCGGCGGCGGCGGAGAAGGCCAAGGGGGAGAAGGAGGCGGCGCAGACGAUGGACGCGGAGGAGAUGAAGCUGGUGGAGGAGGGGAUGCGCGCGGCGGGGAUUGCGGGGGGGGAGGGGGAAAAGGGCGCGGAGAAAGGGGAAGGGGAGAAGGCGGAAGGGGAGAGGGGAGGGGAGGAGAUGGAGAUGGAGGAGGAGGGAGGUGCGCCUGCUGGUGUUCCGCCGCCACCGCCACCACCGCCACCACCGCCGCCGCCGCCUGCUGAAGGGGAGGAGAACGAGAUGGACAUGGAAGAGGAGGAAGAAGAAGCACCAAUGCGCAUUGUCCGCAACUGGAAGCGGCCAGAGGAGCGAGCAGCGGCGGAACAAGACCCCACCAAGGUGGUGGUCUCUCCCAUCACAGGCGAGCUCAUCCCGAUCGCUGACAUGGCGGAGCACAUGCGCAUCUCGCUGAUCGACCCCAAGUACAAGGAGCAGAAGGAGCGCAUGCUCGCCAAGCUCCGCGAAAACACCCUCGCCAACGACGACGAGAUCUCGCGCAACAUUGUCGGGCUGGCGAAAACCCGCCCGGAUAUUUUUGGGACCACCGCGGAGGAGGUUUCGGAGGCGGUGCGGGCGGAGAUGGAGAAGAAGAAGGACGAGGGCGCGCCGAGCCGGACAGCACCCGGGUGCUGUCUUCCGGAGAAUGUCUUCCUCGCACAGCACCCGGGCCCAGUGCGAGUGGUGGUUAUGCUGCCCUCUGUGGAGGGAGAGCCAGCACUCAACGGGCAGAAGGUGGAGGUGCUGGUGUCGUCACUCAGCGAAUCAACAGGCGCAUUCAAAGAGCACAUCGCGCAGGCUCUGGGUGGCAGUGUGCCAGCCAACAAGCAAAAGCUCAGUGGCAAGGCGGGCUUCUUCAAAGAUUCGCUGUCGCUGGCGUAUUAUAAUGUUGGGCCUGGAGAGGCGGUGGUUAUGAGCUUGAAGGAGCGUGGAGGCAGGAAGAAGUAG